UGUGUUCAUCAUGCUCUGCCUGCGUAUCCGUGUCGUCGGCCUCUCCCUGUCCCAUAAUGCUUCAUUCUGCGCACCUGUGCUGAGGGGGCGUUGGGCACUAUGACGCUGCGCUGGCCGGGACCCCCCCACGGAUCUAGCUGCCCCCCGGGACGGGCACACACCGCACCUUGCCUGAUGGGCGAGGACACUGACACCACCCGAACACUGAACCACAGCUUCCUCCGAGACCACAACUAUGUGACUGAAGCUGAUCUCAUCUCCACUGUAGAGUUCAACCACACUGGAGAGCUCCUGGCCACGGGGGACAAGGGGGGGCGUGUGGUCAUCUUCCAGAGGGAACCUGAGUGUAAGACAGAGCCGUUCUCCCAGGGGGAGUAUAAUGUCUACAACACCUUCCAGAGUCAUGAGCCGGAGUUUGACUACCUGAAGAGUCUGGAGAUCGAGGAGAAGAUCAACAAGAUACGAUGGCUGCCUCAGCAGAACGCCUCUCACUUCCUCCUCUCCACCAAUGAUAAGACCGUUAAGCUGUGGAAGGUGAGUGAGCGGGACAAGAGGCCUGAAGGCUAUAACCUGAAGGAUGAGGAGGGCAGGAUGAAGAACCUCUCCACUGUCACCUCACUACAGGUGCCGGUGUUGAAGCCCAUGGAUCUGAUGGUGGAGGUGAGUCCUCGGCGUGUCUUUGCCAACGCCCACACCUACCAUGUCAACUCCAUCUCCGUCAACUCCGACCACGAGACCUACAUGUCAGCUGACGACCUGAGGAUCAACCUCUGGCACCUGGGCAUCACCAACCGCAGCUUCAACAUCGUGGACAUCAAGCCAGUGAACAUGGAGGAUCUGACAGAGGUGAUAACAGCAGCAGAGUUCCACCCUCACCACUGUAACCUGCUGGUCUAUAGCAGCAGUAAAGGAACUCUACGGCUCUGUGACAUGAGAGAGGCCGCACUGUGUGACAAACACUCCAAACUGUUUGAGGAGCCGGAAGACCCCAGUAACCGCUCCUUCUUCUCGGAGAUCAUCUCGUCUGUGUCGGACGUCAAGUUCAGCCACAGCGGGCGCUACCUGCUGACCAGAGACUACCUCACCGCCAAGGUGUGGGACCUCAACAUGGAGAACAAGCCCCUGGAGAUAUACCAGGUGCAUGACUACCUCCGCAGCAAGCUUUGCUCCUUGUACGAGAACGACUGCAUCUUCGACAAGUUUGAGUGUGCCUGGAACGGCUCAGACAGUGUGAUCAUGACUGGGGCCUACAACAAUUUCUUCCGGAUGUUUGACCGGAACACCAACCGUGACGUGACCCUGGAGGCGUCCAGGGAGAGCAGUAAGCCUCGGGCCGUGCUCAAGCCUCGGCGCGUCUGCCAGGGCGGGAAACGACGCAAGGAUGACAUCAGCGUGGACAGCCUGGACUUCACCAAGAAGAUCCUGCACACGGCCUGGCACCCCACGGAGAACAUCAUCGCCAUCGCUGCCACUAACAACCUGUACAUCUUCCAGGACAAACUCAACCAGGAGAUGCAUGGCUGAGAGAGAGAGCAGGAGGCUGGAGACACACACACUGAUGCACACAUUCAUUCAGACAGUAAGCCAAGCAAGAACAUGUAACAUAUGCACACACACACUCUCUCUCUCUAGUUGACAGGGAGAUGCUGUAAAGACACACACUCCACAGUUCUCAGUGGAUGGACUGGUCCACCCUAGGACUAGACAGGGGGAGCUGGAUAACCCAAUAAGAAUGAUGCUGGGUUAUGGUUUAUGGAAUUCUAAAUCAUGGAUGUGUUGAAUGUUGACCUCUGGAUUGUGACUGAUCUGAUGGUGUUUGUUUUGCUAUUGGUCAUUUUUGCAUUCUGAGGGGUUUGACCUCUUGACAGGAGGAGCUUUCACAUGUCUGUCUUUUUCUGAUCAUCUGCCUCUUCUUCCCCUUCCUCCUCCCUCUGUUUCUGUACAUGUCUGUGCUCAGUCCUCUCCUACAGUCUGGAUUGAUUCUUGACUUUGGUGUAAAAAACCCGUUGUGGUUCCUGGUGGUAACUAGUGGAAAUGUUUGCGGAAUGUUUGAAGUCUAAUUAUAGUUUUUUUGUUAAAUCAUGUUACAUUUUUUAAUUAUCAUUAAUGAUGAUGGUAAAAGUGAUGACAAUGACAGUUAAUGGUACACAAGACAUUAGUCAGUAGGACAUUGGGUUCCACAAGGCUGUCUGUCACACCUAGGUGACAUUUAAUCCUGAUGUUUCAGUUGAUUGUGAAGACUGCUGGGGAACUUGGCUGUGUCGUGCAACUUUGCAAUGAAACACAAGGAAUGAAGCAAAAAUCAAGUCCAACAAUCAAGCAAAAAAUAUGCUGCAUGAUGGAUUUUUUUUAUUUUUAUCUAAAUUUACUGGCUGCCUUUCUAACCAUAAACAGGCUGUAAAAAGGCUUCUGGAGCUCUGCCUCUACACAGCACUAGUUACCAUAGACAACAACAAAGAGCUCUCCUUUUGUUUGUGUUUACCGGACACAAAAAGCAUGUUUACCAGUGUUCAGUUUUACGGUGUACAUUUGAAAUGAAGCCCAAAUAAUACAUAGGUUUUAAAUGAAGAUACUGAACCAGAGGUAUGGGGAAUGUUAUCAACGUUGUAAUCUAAACUGUUAAAGGAAUGUUUUAUUAACGUUCCAAUCUAAACUGUUAAAGGAAUGUUUUAUUAACGUUCCAAUCUAAACUUUUAAAGGAAUGUUUUAUUAACAUUGUAAUCUAAACCUUUAAAGGAAUGUUUUAUUAAUGUUGUAAUCUACACCUUUAAAGGAAUGUUUUAUUAACGUUGUAAUCUAAACCUUUAAAGGACUGUUUUAUCAGGGUUGUAAUCUAAACCUUUAAAGUUAUGAUUUAUCAGGGUUGUUAUCUAAACCUUUAGAGGAAUGUUUAAUCAACGUUGUAAUCUAAACCUUUAAAGGGCCUGAAUGGUAUCUGCUGUAUAUUCAACUCUUUUUGACAUUUCUAGGUUUGUUGUUUCGGAUCAAGAACCAAGAGUGCAGAGCCAAUCAUCUCUGACGAUGGUGUUCAUGGCAACAAGAGAGGGAUUAUUAAACUCUUCCCUCCAGCCUUUCAACAAAUUCAGAUUUUUUUUGAGAACAGUUAUUGUUAAUUUAUAUAUAUAUUUUUAACAUCUGUCACUUGUGUUUGAUUUCAUGUCCUGCUGCCCUGGCAUUGAUUCACAUAUUUUGUGUUCAUGUCUUUUCAACGGGAAAAAGAUCUCAUGAACAAUUACGAAUAUGUUAAUGUUUUUUUUUUUUUCUUGAAUAAAGAUUUCAACAAUAUUGCAUCCUAUGGGUUAGGGUUAGGCUGUGGUGUCUAUUAAACUUCUGUAGCUGUUAAA